UGUGUGUGUGUGUCUUCCUCCUCCUGACCUCCUGUCACCAGGAUCCUCCAUGUCAGCGCUAGAAAAGAGUCCACCCACAUGCAUGGACCGUUAAAUAGGCAAGUCUCAUGUGCAUCUCUCAGUGAGACUGCAGAAGGCACAGGCUGAGCACCAAGCAGCAGAGCUGAUGGAAGAACCAAAGGUUGCAAAACAGAAGACAUGGAACAAGAAGGCCCUUUUCGUCCUCGGAGUUUUCUUUGUUUUGGGGAUCGCUGCUUUAACUGUUGUAGCAGUGCUGCAGAAUAAACCUCUCCCGGAGAAUAUUAAGUAUGGUAUUGUGCUAGACGCCGGGUCCUCACACACCAGUCUAUACAUCUAUCAAUGGCCAGCAGAGAAGGAAAAUGACACGGGCGUUGUUCAACAAGUAGAAGAAUGCAAAGUGGAAGGCAAUGGUAUAUCCAGCUACCAUGAGAAGCCUGGAGACGCUGGCCUCUCUCUGCAGGCAUGUAUGAACAAAGCACAAGACAUUAUUCCAGUGAGUAAGCACAAAGAGACUCCCGUGUACUUAGGAGCCACUGCUGGAAUGCGGCUACUCAGGCUUACUAACCCCAUGUCGGCGGAUGAGAUCCUCACCUCCGUGGAAAAUACAUUGCGAUCGUCUCUCUUUGAUUUUCAAGGUGCCAGAAUCAUUACAGGACAAGAAGAGGGAGCCUAUGGCUGGAUCACAAUAAACUAUCUCCUAGGAAACUUCAUACAAAAUUCACCUUGGUUCAAGUUUAUACCAAAUUCUAACCUAGGAACGUCAGGUGCUUUGGACCUCGGAGGGGCCUCCACACAGAUCACGUUUGUAUCCGAUGAAAACAUCGAAUCACAGGAUAACUCCUUGCGCUUCCGAUUGUAUGGGAAAUCUUAUAACGUCUAUACACACAGCUUUCUGUGUUACGGGAAGGACCAGGCUCUCCGUCUGCAGCUGGCCAACAGUAUGACGAAUGGACAUAACAUUACCCUCCUGGACCCGUGCUUUAACCCAGGAUAUAAGCGGAAUGUCAGCACAGCGGACCUUUACAGCAGCCCCUGUCUGUCUGGCUUGAGAACCCUCACUCUUCCGCAGACCAUUCAGAUCCAGGGGACCGGCAACUACCAGCUAUGCAAGAACAAAGUCCAGACCAUUUUCAACGUAUCUCACUGUAACUAUUCUCGGUGUUCAUUUAAUGGGAUUUUCCAGCCAAUGCUGCAAGGAGAGUUUGCGGCAUUCUCUGCUUUUUUUUUCGUUAUGGACUUUUUAAAAGUCACCAAGGUCAAAGUUUCUCUGGACAGCGUGAAGGACUCAGUGGAGAGACAUUGUUCUAAACCAUGGGGUGAGGUAAAGAGAGAGUCUGGCAGGAUAAAGGAGAAGUAUCUCAGUGAAUAUUGUUUCUCUGGAGUCUACAUUCUAAACCUCCUGGAUCUGUAUGGCUUUAAUGCUAGCAGCUGGGAGGACAUCACGUUCUUAGGAAAGAUCCAUGGUAGUGAUGCUGGAUGGACUCUGGGCUAUAUGCUGAACCUGACCAAUAUGAUCCCAUCUGAGCUUCCUCCUUCCCCUCCGCUGUCACACGGCGGAUAUGUCGGACUCAUGGUCUUCUUCGCCAUUUUCUUAUCAAUCAUCCUUUUGACUUGCUGGCUGACAUUCCGAAAACCAAAAUGUCUACAGAAGGGCAUAAUCUAGAAGCCUCAUUGAAUCCGACCGCCAGAGAUGGACGAGGAGCUACCCUGCUAGAUUUGGCUCGCCGUGGAUUAAUAUGGUGACUUUGCAGAGAGCAUCAACCAAUCGGAAGAGGACAUUGAACAGGGAAAAACUGAGCGCUGCUUAAAUGACGGGACAAAUAAGCUGGGCAUGGACCCGAGUGCUGCCGUUCCUGAACGGCUCAUUUUUUUUAUCAACUUCAUAUUUAUGAAGAGAAUAAUUAACAUUUAUCCUUUUCAAGAGAGGGAUAGGAUGAUGGAAGACUGUGAGUAGGAGACUAUGACCAAUGAACGCGGCCGUGGGGCGCGUGUUCACAAUUACAAAAAAAUAAAUAAACUGAUCUCAGGUUACAUCAUAUAAUUAGCUCUAUUAUUGUAUUUUUAUAAGUCUGUUUCAUUUAUAAUAGGUUACAUU